AGAAUAGCUGACGUUUACUCUGUGAAAAGUACAUAGAAGAAAGGAAGAAAGGCGAUUGAAUCAUUUUGUCAUCAGAAUUUGAAAAACGCUGAGUAUUUUCCAGCUGCUGUGGAGUUAAAAUAUUGUAAUUAUUACAAAAAUAGCUUUGUGGCAGAAUCGUUUCAGUUUAAGCAGAGGCAGAAAUGGAGGAAAUGUUGAAUGAAACUGUACCACAGGCAGAACUUGAGAAAUUCGAAAAGAAGUACAACCGUGAACUUGGUGAUAAAGCAUUAACACAUACGACGCAGUUUGAAUAUGCCUGGUGCUUAGUCAGAAGCAAUUAUCGAAGUGACAUGAAAAGCGGAAUAACACUUCUAGAAGAUUUAUGCACUAAAAAUUCGGAAGGAAAACGUGAUUAUAUCUAUUAUCUGGCCAUAGCAUUUACCAGGCUGAAUGAGUACCAAACAGCAAUGAAAUAUGUACAGGCCUUCCUCGAGAUUGAACCAAAUAAUCAGCAGGUGAUCAGCCUGGAAGAAUAUCUAAAAAAGAAAAUCAACAUCGAAGGACUAAAAGGAGUCGCUAUGGCUAGUGGAGCUGCACUUGUAUUAGGAGGCGUUCUAGGUCUAGGAUUUGCGCUUGCGAAGAAAUGAAAAUCACCAAAGAAGUAAAUUUUUAUCGACAGCCAAUGUUAAUAAAUUGUAAAUUAUAUUUUGGGUAGAUUGUGUGCGCAUGAAAGCUAGCUGUCGAGAAUAUUUACUUAUGCGACUGUUGAAAUUUGUGUUUCAAUAUUCUUGUCGAAGAUGAUUACGAAAUGAUUUGGCUCCGAUUAGAAUAUUGGAACAACUUUAUUUUGCAAUUGUUUUCGAUUGCCUUGUUGUAACACGACUUUGUCGACUUCAGUUUGAUCGAAUAAGUUCUGGAAUUUCGUGUGAACACAGAUUUAGGUGGAAGUAGUGAUACAAUGCUAUUAUACAUUAUUGGACAUAUUUGUCGAUACAAAUUUACUGUCCAACACAAAAACAUAUAUCUGUUACACAAGAAAUUCUUAUCGAAUGAAUAGGAUUUUAAUUUCGUUAUAGUAAAAACUGGAAAUCGUGUUCAUUCGAAAGGACAAUCGGUCGUAAUGUAUAAUCAAAUGUGAUAGAGUGUAUGAAUUGUUAGACAAAUACAAAUAUAAAGCACAGUUUCAUAAUAA